CUUAACGCGGUUUAAAAAUAUAGUUGAAGCUUGAAAUAGUCCUCUUAGUCAUAUAUAUAGAUAGAUUAAUAGAUUAAUGACGAAGUUCAAUCGUUGAAAAGACAAAUUUCUUCUCAUUUUCAACUUCAUUUUCGAUCAAAGAAUAUUGGAGCAACAAUCCGAAUAUUCUGCCGGAGAUUGUAAAUUGUAAUCACCGCAGCCGUGUAUCCUCUUCCGUCCGGUGAGAUUUGGACGAUUUCUAGAGGAGAUGGGCGGAUGGAGGGGAUCUAGAUCGGGCAGCGACGGAUCGCCGACAACGGAGCGUAUUUCAUCUUCUCGCACCGUGCAGCUCGGUAAGGUCCAGCCACAAGCUCCUGGUCAUCGAACCGUGUUUUGCAAUGAUCGUGAAGCCAACGCCCUCGCCAAAUUCAAGGCAAACUCCGUAUCGACUACAAAGUACGAUGUGUUUACCUUUUUACCAAAAGGUUUAUUUGAACAGUUCAGGCGGGUGGCUAACCUCUACUUCCUCAUGAUAUCAAUUCUGUCAUGCACUCCAAUCAGUCCUGUGAGUCCGAUAACAAAUGUGGUUCCUUUGAGUUUGGUGCUUCUUGUUUCUCUUAUAAAAGAGGCAUGGGAAGACUGGAAACGUUUCCAGAAUGACAUGUCAAUUAAUAAUACUCCUGUAGACAUCUUUCAAGAUCAGAAAUGGAUGAGUGUUCCUUGGAAGAAGCUUCAGGUUGGGGACAUUGUGAGAGUUAAACAAGAUGAAUUUUUUCCUGCAGACAUAGCAUUUCUUGCCAGCACAAACCCUGAUGGGGUUUGCUACGUUGAGACAGCUAACUUAGAUGGUGAAACCAAUUUAAAGAUCAGAAAAGCAUUGGAGAAAACCUGGGACUACCUUACUCCUGAGAAGAUCACUGAAUUUCAAGGUGAGAUACAAUGUGAAGAGCCGAAUAACUCUUUGUACACAUUUACUGGCAAUCUGAUAAUCCAACAACAGACCCUGCCACUCAGCCCUAAUCAACUUCUUCUGAGGGGUUGCAGUUUGAGAAACACUGAAUACCUUGUUGGAGUCGUCAUUUUUACUGGCCAUGAAACAAAGGUUAUGAUGAAUGCUAUGAAAAUUCCUUCUAAAAGAAGCACCUUAGAGAAGAAGCUUGACAAACUUAUUCUCACACUUUUUAGUGUUCUCUUCUGCAUGUGUCUCUUGGGAGCCAUAGGAAGUGGGGUGUUCAUAGAUCGGAAGUAUUAUUACUUGCGAUUUGAGAGUGGCAAGAAUGCAGAUAUACAAUUCAAUCCUAACAAUAGGUUUGCGGUUGCUGCUUUGACUAUGUUCACCUUAAUUACUUUGUAUUCACCGAUUAUUCCCAUCUCUUUGUAUGUUUCUGUCGAGAUGAUUAAGUUCAUUCAAUCCACUCAAUUCAUCAACAAUGACUUGUGCAUGUACCACACUGAGAGUAACACUCCUGCUCAAGCAAGGACAUCCAAUUUGAAUGAGGAACUUGGGCAGGUAGAGUACAUAUUUUCUGACAAAACGGGGACUCUUACUCGAAACUUAAUGGAGUUCUUUAAGUGUUCAAUUGGAGGAGAGAUUUAUGGCACUGGUGUCACUGAAAUAGAAAUGGGCGUAGCACAGAGAAAUGGGUCUACGGUGCAGGUUCAGAAAUCACCCAAUACUGCCAAAGAAAAAGGUUUCAACUUUGAUGAUGGCCGGCUAAUGCGAGGUGCUUGGAGGAAUGAAUCUAAUCCUGAUGCAUGCAAGGAAUUCUUCAGAUGCCUUGCAAUAUGUCACACUGUACUCCCAGAAGGAGAGGACUCCCCUGAAAAAAUUCGAUAUCAAGCAGCAUCACCUGAUGAGGCUGCUUUGGUAGUAGCAGCAAAGAACUUUGGUUUCUUCUUUUACAAGCGUACACCUACUAUGAUAUAUGUGCGUGAGUCCCAUGUUGAAAAGAUGGGAAUGGUUCAAGAUGUUCCAUAUGAGAUCCUGAAUGUGCUUGAAUUCAAUAGUACAAGGAAGCGCCAGUCUGUUAUAUGUCGUUACCCUGAUGGCAGGCUUGUACUAUACUGUAAGGGUGCCGAUACUGUAAUUUAUGAAAGGUUGGUCAGUGGAGACCAUGAUAUGAAGAGAAAAACCAGGGAGCACUUGGAGCAGUUUGGAGCAGCUGGAUUGCGCACACUAUGCUUGGCUUAUAGAGACUUAAACCCUGAUGUAUAUGAAAAUUGGAAUGAGAAAUUCAUUCAAGCAAAAUCGUCUCUGCGAGAUCGUGAGAAGAAAUUGGAUGAGGUGGCAGAACUCAUUGAAAAGGAUCUAAUUUUGAUUGGAUGCACUGCUAUUGAAGAUAAGCUCCAGGAAGGAGUGCCUACAUGCAUAGAGACACUUUCAAGGGCUGGAAUCAAGAUUUGGGUGCUUACUGGGGACAAAAUGGAAACAGCAAUAAAUAUAGCUUAUGCAUGCAAGUUGAUCAAUAAUGACAUGAAGCAAUUUAUUAUCAGUUCAGAAACUGAUGCAAUCAGGGAAGUGGAAGAUAAAGGUGACCAAGUGGAGAUUGCUCGUUUUAUGAAAGAGGCAGUAAAAAAUGAUCUUAGAAAGUGUUACGAGGAAGCUCUACAGUGUCUUCAUUCUGAAGCUAGACCGAAGUUAGCACUUGUUAUAGAUGGAAAGUGUUUGAUGUAUGCAUUAGACCCUAGUUUGCGCGUAAUGCUGUUGAACUUGAGCUUGAAUUGUAGUGCAGUGGUUUGCUGCCGAGUUUCUCCUUUACAGAAAGCACAGGUGACUAGCUUGGUUAGGAAGGGAGCUAAGAGAAUAACUCUUAGCAUCGGUGAUGGUGCUAAUGAUGUUAGCAUGAUUCAAGCUGCUCAUGUUGGUGUUGGAAUAAGUGGGCAGGAAGGGAUGCAAGCAGUGAUGGCUAGUGAUUUUGCAAUUGCUCAGUUUCGCUUUCUCACAGAUUUGCUCCUUGUCCAUGGACGGUGGUCAUAUAUGAGAAUCUGCAAGGUCGUGACAUAUUUCUUCUACAAAAAUUUGACAUUUACUCUGACUCAGUUUUGGUUUACCUUCCGUACUGGAUUUUCUGGUCAAAGAUUCUAUGACGAUUGGUUCCAGUCUCUUUACAAUGUUAUCUUUACAGCCCUUCCCGUGAUUGUUCUUGGGCUUUUUGAAAAGGAUGUCAGUGCAACGCUCUCGAAGAAAUAUCCUGAGUUAUACAAGGAAGGCAUAAGAAACACAUACUUCAAAUGGCGGGUUAUCGCUGUCUGGGCUUUCUUUGCAAUUUAUCAGUCACUAGUGUUGUAUUAUUUUGUAACCGCUUCUACUACCAAAGGCAUGAAUUCAGCCGGCAAGAUGCUUGGCCUUUGGGAUGUCAGUACGAUGGCCUUCACCUGCGUUGUAGUUACCGUCAACUUGCGACUUCUUAUGAUGUGCAACACAAUUACGAAGUGGCAUCAAAUUAGUGUCGGUGGAAGCAUUUUGUUGUGGUUCAUAUUCAUCUUUAUUUACUCUGGCAUUGUAUUGCCAAAAAAUCAGAAGAACAUCUAUUUUGUCAUCUAUGUCUUGAUGAGCACAUUUUAUUUCUAUGUCGCACUGCUUCUUGUGCCUGUCGCCGCACUCUUUGGUGACUUCUUAUACCAGGGGGCUCAGAGAUGGUUCUUCCCAUAUGACUAUCAGAUCGUUCAGGAAGUUCACAUGCACGAGGUCGACAGCACGAGGGUAGGACUGUUAGAGAUCAGGAACGAGCUCACACCCGAAGAGGAAAGGAGUUUCGCCAUGAUGAGCCUCCCUGGACAGAAAUCAAAGCACACUGGUUUCGCCUUCGACUCACCAGGCUACGAGUCAUUUUUCGCAUCCCAGGCAGGUGUCUUCGCCCCACAUAAAGCAUGGGAUGUUGCUCGGAGAGCAAGCAUGAGAACGCGUGCCAAGACACCACGGAAAAAUUGACUUCAGAUGUAAAAAACCCCUUCUAUAUUCUCCCUUUCUUGUAACAUACACAUAUAAAAGCGUUACGGGUAUACAUAUAUACGUAUAUAUGUAUAUCCUAUAUCAGCCUUUUAAUAUGUUAUAAAGUAUAAUGUAGGCUUGAUUCUUUUAAAUGUCUUCCUGGCUUCCCCUUUUUGUUUUUCUGUUAGCUACAUUGGGGCUAGCAAUGGAGAUUGUACAUCAUUUAGGGAAGGUGACACUGACACGGUAUGCCAUCAUGGCAUGUACUUGUCUAGAAGUAGUUUUCUUAAUUUUACGUAGUCGGAACCUUAUGGACAGAUUUUGUAUGAUUUUAGUGGGUGAUAUAUAUACGAGUUUUACCAAAGAUCAGACAGAACAGAUUCUGUAUUCUUUCAGUGAGUGAAAGACAAUUUUGGUUAUUUAA